UAACGUUUCCAUAGUCCUCGCCAGUUUUUCGCUACGCACCAUUUGUCGCAGCAGACUAGCAUGGUCAUCCCCGUCGUCGCUUUUGGCGCUCAUGCUGCACUUUAUGUCUGUAGAGGAACUCAUUAGCUUUUGGGGCGCAAACCAGAGACGAAGGCUACCGCGGUCCCAUAAGCUCAAGCCGCUUCCCGCGAUUUUGCUAUUUAUCAUGAAAGACUGCUUGUUGACUAGUCGACCGUCCUCGCUCGGAUGGUGAUCAGAUUCCUUCCGAGCACAAUAACCAAUUUGUGAAGGAUCCAUCUGCCGUUCUUACAAAGCCGAUGUUUAGCUGAGGCUUUGUCAAGCUGAGUAAACGGCCCCUCUAUUUCGACGAAAGACUAAACCCACAUGGGAUGACGAAAGCGGGACGUGAUUAGCGCGGGGGAGCUUCUCUCAUGCUACGAGUACCAGAUAUAUAGGAGCACCGCCGUUUCUGGUCUUUGGAUUUGUGAUUUGAUCUGUUCUUCAGUAUACAACCAGUUGGAACACAGUUCAUUUGUGCAUGUCCUUUACUAUACCUCACCUACGCCUAAUAGCUACACGUAUAAUCCCCCCAAAGCCAGUUUCCAACAGCACUUCAUUUCUCUCCUUGAUACGCCACUUUUCUCUGCUUUCACCUAGAAACACGAUGGAUAAAGCGCCUUCCAUCACCGACUGGGUAAAGCCAGGCGAUACGAGCGGCGAAUUCAAGCGUCAAACCUCCAUAUUCCGCAACUGGAUUGUAAAUGAGCCGUCCGCCGAGUUCCCGGCCGAAAAGGACCGUUAUCACCUCUAUGUCAGCUACGCCUGUCCAUGGGCCCACCGAGCCCUUAUUGUGCGGCGCCUUAAGGGUCUUGAGGGCAUUAUAGGCUUCACGAGUGUCCACUGGCACAUGGGCAAAAAGGGUUGGCGAUUCGCAACCUCAGACGAAAACGUGCCAGGGGAAAACACCAUCCCAGACCCUUUACACAAAGAUUUCACGCACCUCCGCGACAUCUACUUUGCCCAAAAACCUGACUACGAUGGCCGCUUUACAGUACCGACACUGUUCGAUAAGAAGAAGGGUGUCAUUGUGAGCAAUGAGAGUAGCGAAAUAAUCCGUAUGUUCUACUACGCAUUUGACGACCUCGUGGCGCCUUCGUAUAAGAACGUGGAUCUGUUUCCAGAGAAGCUGAGGAAGGACAUUGAGGAAAUGAACGAAUGGGUCUACACCGACAUCAACAACGGCGUAUACAAAGCAGGCUUCGCCACUACGACAGAAGCUUACACAAAAGCUGUGACAACCCUCUUCUCCUCCCUCGACCGCGUUGAAGCCUCCCUUGCGCAAUCGUCGACCCCCUACUUGCUUUCCGCGCCAGAACCUACUGAGGCGGACAUCCGCCUCUAUACCACAGUCAUCCGGUUCGACCCCGUGUACGUCCAGCAUUUCAAGUGCAAUAUCCGUGAUAUUCGCAGCGGUUAUCCGCACCUGCAUCGCUGGCUGCGCACCUUGUACUGGGAUUCCCCCGCGUUCGGCCAGACGACCGAGUUCGAGCACAUCAAGAAGCACUACACACAGAGCCAUACUCAGAUCAACCAGUUCGCCAUCACUCCUGUAGGCCCACUGCCCAACAUUCUGCCCAAAGAUGACGAGGUUCCUUCCGUGCAAGCUGCGCUCAGACAAUGA